AUGCAAAGGUUUUUAUUUUUUUCAUCUUUGUUUAUUAUAGUUUAUUAUCUGUAUAAAGAUAAAAGUGAAACAAUGGCGACAAUAUUACAGUUUGGAAAAUCAUUACUCAGUGCUAAAUCAACGGUUAUUGAAGGCACUGCAACGAAACCAGCAUUUUUCGAUCGUCAGUUUACUGAUAUUAAAGGUGGUCAAUUAAAUACAGAAGAAUUAAAAGGAAAAGUGAUUUUGCUUGUCAACACAGCAUCGGAAUGUGGUUAUACACCUCAAUUGGUAACAUUACAGCAAUUACAAGAAAAAUAUGGCCCAAGAGGUUUCACAGUUCUGGGUGUACCAUGCAACAAUUUUGGUGGUCAAGAACCAGGUCAAGAAGAACAAGUAUGUACAUUGUAUGAGAGUAAAUAUAAAACUGCUUUUCCGUUAACAAAUAAACAAGAUGUAAAAAAGCCGUCCGAAGUCUUUCAAUGGAUUAUUGAUGCCGGUGGAGAGAAAAUACUUCCAAAAUGGAACUUUCACAAAUAUUUGAUCGAUCGCGAUGGACAUUUAAUACACUCCUGGAAUUCACGUGUUACACCAUUAGAUAAAGAGAUUACGGAUGCUAUCGAAAAAGUGCUUUGA